UUUCGGCUCGUUGUAGGCGUAAAUGGAGACCACCGUAAAGCUACCAAAUGGGGAAUUCCAAAACUACCUUGUCCGCCACUUGUUCCUUGUGGGUUGACGGAAUCAGACGCGUGAAAGGGAGAACUGCCGUUAUCCAUCCGGAGGCCCUGAGGGCUCAUGUCACCAGGAACUGGCCCUCCUGAUUGGCGGGAUGAGAUGCCACCAGCAGGGCGCCCCCGAAUCAAGGCAGCCAGCGGAUGUUCGGUGCAACAUUUCUCACGUAUCCACUCUCCUUCUAUCCACACUGGAUCCAGAUGGACAGAGCCCCUAUAUUUGGGGAGCCCAUAGUCCAUGUCAACCGCUGGCGUGCCAAAUGUCCGUCCUGGGAGUCGUGACACAUUCCUCCCGCUGCCAGCUCACUAUGCAACCCAGGGUCUCAUUUGCUAUCACCUCAGAUCAUGCCCGAGCUGCUGUGCUCACAGGGAAGAAAGAACAAAGAAAAAACCUCAUUGGAGUCUAUCUGAGUUUCCAGGGUCCGGAAUCAUGUUCCGAAGAUUGCCACACAGCCUUAGGACAAUGUUUCCAAGACAGUUCAUUCGUGUGGAUCCGACUUGAUAGCUACGAGUCUUACAGGUUGACAUCCAAACGCCUUCUCGCCUCAUAUCAACCUCGACAAGUUCACCACAACAACCUCGCUUCUCAAUCACAUAUAUCGAGCGUCACAGAUUGAAGCCACCACUACACGGUUUAUGAGAACCCCGCCAUGGUCUCCUCAACAAUCAGACACCCUCCUUGGCCAGAGGAACGCGACGAUGGAGUUUACAGCC